AUGCCAUCUAAGUACUUUCAAGAACGCAACAAACGGAAGUUCUCGGAUUCCCUUAACAGCCAGCGCUGGAGAUUCUUGAAAAGCGGCCUGGAUGAUUUCAGAAGCGGCUUCCCUCCACCAUCUGACAACAUCAUCAUCUGUGGCACAAAGGGGCCUGUACCAAUUGUUCUGCGUAAUCACGCAUCUGAUGCUUCACGCAUGGCCCAGCAGAAAGGAAGUAAAAAGUGCACCAAAACCCAAGUCAGCCUUUCCAAGCUCAGUCCAUUGCAGAAAGCCAGGCGGGAUCACAUUGCACAAACAGAACACUGCCUGAGCCAGCACCCCCUAGCACUCUACCCUCAUCUGGAAGAAAGCAUCCCUCCAGAGCUUUUCGAAGAGAUUGUGGGCAUCCUGGAUCCUGAGAUGCGCUUGAAUAGCGAAGGUGGAUACGAGGAUUGUGACCGGGACAGCCACACUCCUCAGCAAGUGCAGUAUCAGCUGGAGGAUGGGAAAAGUAAAGAAGCAUGUCCCAGGUCAUCAGCCCUCAGCAAGGAGUCCAAAGGCAAGAAUCCGCAGUACACCUACCUGUCCAAGAAAGAGGUAGCAGCAAGGGAAAAGGAGGCCAGUCUGAGCUACGUUCCUCCCCUGGAUGAGAACGUAAGGCGAGUGACUAAGGAGUUUUGUGACUGGGUGGCUUCUUUGGGAGGAGACAAAUACAAAGUGGAUGAAGCCACCAUUCUGAGCUUGUUUGACACUGGAUAUGAAACCAAGCUGGUGCUGUCUGUGCCCAUCCAUGUUGUGGAAUUAAGCAAUGUGCCAGCAGAACUGAGAAAGUAUCUGGGUGUUUCACCUCCACCAACUGCUGUCAAGAGUCCUCUUCGUACCAGGUGCCACCCAUGCCUUGCCAAGGAUCCAUCCCAACCAAAAUGGGAGAAGAUCAGGUAUGGAGCCUGGUACCUUGAACCAAAAACAUGGAGAAAACAAAGAGCAAAUGAACCUUUAGAGGAUCCAAACACAGCAGUGGACACCGUUCAGAAUUUAAGGAACCAGUUUAGUGAAAAGGUACUGCAAGCACCCCUGGAAUCUCAGUGGUAUAGUUCCCAACCAAGUGAAUGGGCUUACACUGUUACUGGAAUACGCCUGCUCACCAUAUAUUGUCUGACACAGUCACAGUGCGGGGAAUGGUUUAUAUUAUCCACCCUACUCACCGCUGUGGUCCAGACAUGGCAGUUAAUUUAG